CACUGAAGAGUUCCUCUCCUCGACCUUCGAUCAAAUGGCAUGAAACACGAAGGACUUGGGAUUUCCUACCUGAAUUGAAAGAGAAAGCAAUGGAUCUCCCAGUGGACGAGAUAAAUUUGGCCAGAGGAACGAUUGGUCUUGGUUUCAACAUCCGAGGAGGGGUAGAUAACCCACACAUUCAAGGAGACACUGGGAUCUUUGUGACAAAGAUCAGAGAAGAUGGGUCAGCAUUCAAAGAUGGACGACUUAAGGAGGGCGAUAAAGUGUUAGAGGUGAAUGGUGUGGACUUAUCCCGAGUCACUCAUCAGGAAGCUGUAGGUUGUUUUGUGAACGCAGGAGAGGAUGUCAACAUGAAGGUUCAGCAUGGAGCUGAAGCUGUUAUUACGAAAAAAUUGGAAAACUCAAUGGAAAAGCAGACAAAUGAAAGGAACCCUGGCGAGAAAGGUAGAUCCUGGAAACUACCUGUAGUCCUCCUCUUUGUAGGUGUAGCUGGCGCAGGCGCUUUAUUGUAUUGGAGGAAGAAGUUUCGGUGAUAAGAAAACUGUGAUACCUUACAAAUGUGUUAUAACUGUGGUGUGUAGUCUUAGCGGUGAGACUAAUUUUUCGUAAGAUGAUACCCUCAAUAAGGUAUUCCCAUUUGUGGAAAAGAGAAAACUCUUCCAACAAUACAAGUUACUUCCCUUUCUGACAAGUGUUUUGCUUUGUAGCGGUUAAGUGAUUGUAUCCCUUAUUGACCUGGUAACUAGAUUUAAACAACUUUGACCUAUUUUUACAAUCAUUGUUUAUGGUUAAGUGAAAACAUUUCUAUAUGCUUGAUUUUAGGACUUUGUUCAAGUUUGAUUCUCUGUAAACAUCGAUCAGGAAGGGAGGUAACUGUACGGUUGGACGAUAAUUUUGGGUUCAACAAACAGGGAAUACACUUGCACAAAGUAGAGUUUUGGGCACAUUGAUAUAAUCUGAUACAUCACAGCAUGUGCAUAUAAAGUAAAUGUGUCUUAUUUACCUGUUUAUAAAGGACAUAUAUAGAACAAAACAAUGCCACUUGGAAUUUAGUUUGUGCCUUGAACUUUUUUUUAUUUUUAACGUUUUAGCAAUAAUGCAUAACUGUAUGAAAAGUGAUUGGUAACGAAUGUUAUGGAGUACUUAGGGUCUUUUUUUCUCUUGUGAGUAUUUUUUGAGAAAUUUGAGCUAAUAAAUUGAAAUGUAAAAUUAACAGUAGGCAUGAUCACUUUCAUGUGUGAUGGACUUUUCAAAUUUGCAGAAUUAAAAUCACAUGACUUCUAUUGUUUGUUUAUAGUAAUGCUGGCUGACACAUUUCUAGUUAAGGUAGCUGUGAAAUUCAGUUGGAUAGAAAGUAAUAUUUAACAGUUAACUAAAUCAACCUAUGAACAGUGUACACCUAAAUUUUGUUUUUUCUAAUGCAACUUUUGUAAAAUCUGUAUAAAAUAUUGUACUAAAAAGUGUGAUCAUAUUAAAUGAAAUCUAUUUUCUCAGAAUUCUUUCACUCUCAGCAGUCAUUAUAUUUAAUAUGUGAUCCUCCUGUCUUCAUUCUUCAUAUGACUUAAGCUGUUUCAAGGACGUGAAACCCAAUGGAAAAAAAAAACAUAUCCUACAAUUAUUACAUAAUUUAUAAAUUUAUACCUUGGUGAGAAUCAUUUGCUUUGUGAAAAAAAUUGGUUCAAUAUUACUGAGAUUAUUGAAAAUAUGUUGAGUUUGAUGCCAGUGAAGUUUUAAAUUUCAUUCAAAAUUUAUAUCUGACAGGUGAUCUGAUACAUAUGGAGGUACCAAACACCAAAUAACUAGGAUAAACAAAUAUUCAUUGUUUUGUAUUAUCCUAGAACUGUCUUUUCAUAAAUAUUAUUCCCGAAAUAGUCAUGGAUGCUUCCUCUUUUAUUUGUAAAGUUUCAUUAAUGGAUGUGAGUAUACCUUCACUUAUUGUUUCAAUAAAAUAUACAUGAAAACGAUAAAAAAAUAUGUUACCAAAGAAUAUGCAUUCACAUGUAUCUAAGAAUGACUAAACAUUUAUUUUUAUUUUUUUGUGGAUUAUUUUGUGAGGAGGAAAUAUUCAAUCUUCAAAAUCUUUUUAACCUUUUUGUUUUACUUAUCUCUGCAGUUUCUGAUUUUAUUCAAUUCGUCUGACAGUUGAUGAUAAUGAAUCCCACAUUAUUUGAUUAAGUGUAAUAAUUUAUCUGAUGUUAAUUACAUGUUGAAAGAGAUUUUAAAGAGCUAAAACAUCUUGGAUAAACUCACACCAAAUUAAUUAAACACUGAUAAAAUUCUUUGCAUUUAAAUGAAGCUGUUUUAAUGUGGAAAGAUCCUAAGAGUCCAAAUUUGUGCUUCUUGAAACCAAAGUGUCCCAGACAACUGAGUAAGGUUCCACUUAAAUUUUCAUCUUGUCAUGUUACAUAAACAAGGUUUCCGUUUCAUUCAUUUGUUAAAAUUGAAUUCUAGAUAAAUUGUAGUUCUGAUAUUAGAAUAGUAAGAUAAAUGGUGCCAUAGUAUACGAUAAAUUGAUCUUGUCCUUAAACUGUAAAAUAUUCUUACCCUUGGGUAGUUUAUACAUACCCAAUACACUUAAACAUCGUGUAUAGCUAUACAUACAGUGUUAGAGAGAGGAUUUGAAGAUAUGCAGUCAGAUUGAAAUUAAAUUGAAAUAUAAACUUGAUGAAAUUAUGUUUAAACAGUAUUUUAGCUAUAUGCAUGUACUAAAAUGUAGCAAAAGCAAUGUGAAUGAUCAAGUUUUGAAUUAAAAAUUAUUGAAAAGAUAAAUCUUUUGGAUAUAUCCCCAAUAAGAUAUAUAUAAAAGAUGCUAGUUUGUUUAAGUAGUUUUACCACUUACGUCAAAAGGACUUGUGUCCACGGUCUGUCGAAAGUUUAAUUGACAAAAUCAUAUUGAUGAUCCAACAGGUCUAUUUAAAACUGUAUUCAUGUGUAAAGAAAACUCUUAUAUUUAAUAUGGAGUGAGAAUGCAGAGAAAGGUGUAUUAUCAGUUUAUGUUUUAAAGAUAUUAAUUCUUUGAUUAAAUGCAUAGUGGUGACCCGACAUGACUGGUUUCUGUGUCAAGGUGUAGAAAGGUAUUUCAGCAAGAUGUACAAGCUUCAGCCUAAAUGUUUAUGUACUGGUAAGAUAUAUAUGUUAGUUGUAAGGUUCUGGUAACAGAAUGAAUUUGAUAAUCCUUUCAUGUUUGAACAUAAAAAUAUAAUUCUUAUAUAAAAGAAUGAUGAUAAAUUGUAUGUUAUCGGAGCGUGUUUGUCUGCUUUGACCAGAUAUAAUUUCACAUAUGAGAAUUUUUAGUGGUGGUGUUGUAACGGUUUGACAGGUUUGCCAAAAUACCAUCGGACAUAUCCCGUCGACAUCAAUCACAUUAUACAUAUAUGUGUAUUAAGACAAUACCAGAAAUUUGUUAAAAGGCGACCAUAGUUAUUGAUUGGUUAUUUUGUCUUUUUCCUAAAAAAAAUCUUUUGUGUCUGAAAUAAAUUCUGUUUUAUCGUUUUUGUUUGAUGUUCUGUUAUGAAAACAUGACAACCUGUUUUCAUUCAUGACCAAGAGCAAAACCUAUUUAUAUAUAUAUGGAUGUAGACAACUUUUCCUGUGUGACAAUUUCAUCAUUCCAUUUACUAGUAAGUUGCCACUCCCACACCUCAUUACACCCUUCCUAUAGAAAAUAAAACAGUCAUUUUCAAGUAUUGUUGCAUAUGUUGUAUUUCAAACCAACUUAGAAACCACAAUCAUGUUAAAGAUUUGGACUGCUCCUUGAUAUAUUUGCCCUGAGUCUAGAUCAUAUAGAGUGAAACCUGGUUAUACAGUUGUCAUAGCAUCCUCAUGUCCAUUUGUAGAUCGCAGACAUUUCAGUGAUAACUCAAUUUAGAGAUUUUUGUUUUAAUUAUUUUUAAAUGAGAACCCUUGGUGAUAACUUUGCUACUGUUUUAAACAGAUAACCCCAUUAUGUCUCUCUAAAACAAAAAAAAAUGAUGGCAGUGUUGAUGGUGGAAUGUUGAUGUCUUUACAGCUACUAAUCUAAUAUGUUAUGCAAUGACGUUUUUCAUGUCCUGCCCUCCAUCAAUGGGUCGCUUGUUCACAUUGUAAGAAUGUUCAGCACCAUUUAAUCCAGCAUGUCUGUGCUAUGUAGUAUUAUUAGUAUUCCGAAUAUUUUGAGAGAGAAAAGUAAAACCAGUAUUUAAAAGUAGCAUUUUCAAGUUACAUUGUGUUCCAACCUGAUUUAACAAUAUUGUAAAUAUGGGGGAAAGUUUGACUGUUUCUUUUGAAGGAAAGUUGUGAUUAGAACUUUGAGAGUUUGGUACAUGUGUUGCACUAUUGAAGACUCCGCUCAGUUUAAAUUAGUAUGAAUGCAAUCGUUUCUUAAUUUCAUUUGUAGUUAUUACUAUUUUUCCUGUGUUAGUGAAUGCUUUCAUUAAUAUUAUCUUUUGUUGGUCCUUGAUAUUUUCGUAGUCUGUUUAUAUGAAUAAGAUGUAAAACAAAACUUUUCUUUUAUUAUGCGUUUAAUAAACCUUUCCUGUUAUA